UCCACCCCGCACGUGUCCCGCUCCCCUCUGAUGCCCGAGGCUGGGACUCCAGAGAAAGGGGCGAGGGUCUCCUUCCCCGGUGCUGGGGCCGCCCCUUCGCAUGCCAAGAUCUGGGGCGGGGGUGCUUUCUGGAAGAAACCGCGCCUCCUUUGCAAGCCGAGGCUGCUGCAGCGCCCGCUCCAGCCCCGGGUGCUCACGUGCCGGUGCGUUCUGAGCUCGGCUUGUGCCCUGACCACAUCUGGGGACCGAGGACCGUGUGGAGCUCUGCGGGAACCUCCUAUUCCUCCACGCCACAGGAGCUGUCUUUCUUCUGCCCACACGGUCCACUACGGAUCCCCUUCGCGCCUCGCAUCCCCGACUCGGGCUUAGGCCCGGGCCGUGAGCGGGAGCCUGGCCGCGCUCCUUCUCGGUGCGUCCUGCGGCACCAGCGGCAUGGAGAAGGCCACGCGUGCCGGGCGCUGAUCCUUGCGCCCUGGCCCCGCACCUCUGCCGCUCACCCACGCCCCACCAUGACCGGCUCGGCGGCCGACACUCACCGCUGCCCCCACGCCAAAGGUGCCAAAGGCACCCGGUCCCGGAGCAGCCACGCACGGCCAGUGAGCCUUGCCACCAGCGGGGGCUCCGAGGAGGAGGACAAAGACGGUGGGGUGCUGUUUCACGUGAACAAGAGCGGCUUCCCCAUGGACAGCCACACCUGGGAGCGCAUGUGGAUGCACGUGGCCAAGGUGCACCCGAAGGGCGGAGAGAUGGUGGGGGCCAUCAGGAACGCGGCCUUCCUGGCAAAGCCUUCAAUACCCCAGGUUCCAAACUACAGGCUUUCCAUGACGAUCCCAGACUGGCUCCAAGCGAUCCAGAAUUACAUGAAGACGCUGCAAUAUAAUCACACAGGGACCCAGUUCUUUGAAAUUAGGAAGAUGAGACCGCUGAGCGGGUUAAUGGAAACAGCAAAGGAAAUGACCCGAGAGUCCUUGCCAAUCAAAUGCCUCGAAGCCGUCAUCCUGGGCAUAUACUUAACCAAUGGGCAGCCUUCGGUCGAGCGAUUCCCCAUCAGCUUUAAAACCUACUUCUCAGGAAAUUACUUUCACCACGUCGUGCUGGGAAUAUACUGCAAUGGUCGCUACGGCUCACUGGGCAUGAGCCGGAGGGCCGAGCUGAUGGACAAGCCGCUGACUUUUCGGACUCUGAGUGACCUUGUCUUUGACUUUGAGGACUCCUACAAGAAGUACCUGCACACGGUCAAGAAGGUCAAGAUUGGCCUGUACGUCCCCCACGAGCCUCACAGCUUCCAGCCCAUCGAGUGGAAGCAGCUGGUGCUCAAUGUCUCAAAGAUGUUGAGGGCUGACAUUAGGAAGGAGCUGGAGAAAUAUGCCAGGGACAUGCGGAUGAAGAUUUUGAAGCCUGCAAGUUCCCACUCUCCAACCCAGGUGAGAAGCCGGGGGAAAUCCUUGUCACCCCGCAGGAGACCAGCAAGCCCUCCAAGGAGGCUCGGCAGGCGAGACAAGUCGCCUGCCCUGCCUGAGAAGAAGGCGGUGGACCUCAGCACACUGAAUGAAGUGGGCUAUCAGAUCCGAAUCUAGCCAAGCUGCAGCAGCCAGCAAGAGGGUUUUGUGGUGCUUCGCUCUGCACUUUACCCAGCAGGAGGAACUGUGAUUAUUUAUUAUGAACUUGUGAAUUUUAUUUCUAAAGCUGCACCUGGAAAUAGAACCUGAGUGGGUAGGAACAAUUAGCUUUAAAAAACUCCCGAAGAGGCAACCAUGAAAAGGCUACACAAUAAACCCCGCUGGGAGUGGACCGUCCCCUCACUCAGGAGCUCAAGGAUAACAAACCUUAACUGUCGUUUUAUACUUCCUCAUUUACUUCUGUUCCUGGCUUUGAACAUUAGCCUCAUCAGUAGCAAAUGUCCUUUUUGGUAUAGUAAGCUCACUCCAUCAGUAUUUUUCAGCAAUAACAGAAGCAAAGAUGGGUAGGUUUUUUUAAAGCAGUUACUAUUACCUCAGCAUUUUUACAUCAGAUAUGCAAACUCAAUGGCAUUUUGGUUUUUUAUAUUCUAUUUGUAUUGUUUCUCCACUGUUUCCCAUGGGAUUUUCCACAAGUUUGGAAUUUCUUCCUGGUGCACAUAUGUGAUGAGAUUAAAGUAAUAUAUGCAAAGAUUUUAUAAAGAAGCACUAGAAUUCUGGCAAUAUGGGAAACCAUUUUUAGGAUCUGGGAGUUCUUAAUCUUUCUUAGAGCAUUCACUGAUGGCGAUUUCUGUUCGUACAAAACAAGCACAGUCAGAAGCUAGUCUCAUUCUGUCGCUAACAUUUAAACUUUGUGGGGUCCAGCAAAAAGCACAAGAGGUCACGUGCUUGUUAACACUGGCUCAGCAGUGUCACAAUCACCUGGAAAAUGACACUCGGAAAGCCAGGGCAGCCAGGAGCGAACCAGUAGGUCUUGUGAACCAAGUAACCUUUCUGCUCAUGCUUUAUGUCAUAUAUAUAUAGUUUUUUUUUAAAUCUGAUUUUUAAGUGAGUCAGGCUCUCAUCCUGAGGGUCUCGCUGUCUGAAAUAUGGGUUCUGAUCUAUUAAGGCCAAAUGUGAUCUGUAUUUUCCAGUUCCAUGCUAUUAGAUGUCACCCUUCAGGACGUUUUUAGGAAGUCCUGGAAAAUACGUUAGAGAAGCAGGAUUUUUUUUUAAUGGCAGUUGUCUUGUCCAGCGCUGCAUCUCAUCACACCCCGUCCGUUGAGCCUGCGUGUUCUGGUUAUGGUGUAGCUUCCGGCUGCAGGAGACAGGAUAACUAUGAAGGACGCACACAGACUGCACAUUCCACACAGCGGGAGCAGAGCCUCUGUUCCAUUUGUUACUAUCUCAGCAGCUGCCUGAGACCAAAGAAGACCUAAAUGAAGUCUACGAGUGAACAAUGUUACUUCAGUCUCAAUACUUCUGGAUUUGACUGAAGAUGGUUAUAGGAAAGUAAUAAAAAAAGCUAAAAAACUGCUCUUUGACAGUCUGGAGGUGAUGAGAGAAGAACCUGACCCUUGAGCUGUGUGCAGAGGAGCUUGCUUUACUGUGAAAAUCAGCGCUAUGAAUGAAGUACUGUUUUCCUGGGAAGGGAGCCAGCUGUACCCUAGACUAACAUGCAGCUUUUAAGUUAAACUUCUGAACUUGAUCAUUUCCCUCAGGAGCAGGAUUAUCAGUCAGUUUAAGAUGAAUUGUUAGGGUUGGAGAUGCACCAGCGGCAGAGCCUGUGCUUAGAUGCGUGAGGUCCCAGGUUCCGUCACCAGCCUCAUAGUCACUUUCAUCUGUCUUGACACCGUAUACCCAUUUGCUGCAUGGCCACAGGUACUGGUAUUUUUGAGAUGGCAGGGAAUCAUUUCUUCCUCACUCUGAAACAAUACUGAUGUACCCAUGUAUGCUCUUUUUCUCCACCUGAAACUUUAUUGUAUCAGUAAGUAGACAAUGUUAAACAUGUAGCCUCUCUAAGAGCUUGGAGUAGCCCCUGCCAAGCACUGCUUAAGGACCAGUCCAUCAAAGACACAGAAGGUCAGCUAGUUGCAGGGCUUCUUGUUUCCUACAAGAAAAAAGGAGUACAAAACUGUUGCUGAUAUGCUGCCGUAUAAGCCUUAAUGAUUCAAUUAGGAACCUAAUUUCUUCAACAUACCUUGAUUUUUAGAUUACUGUUCCCAAAGCAAGGGUUAGUCCCAGAAACAUGAAAAUUAAACAUUAAAAUUUUCUUAGAACUUCUAUUUCUACUGCCCACAGAAUAAUUAACUUCUAUAAAAUAUAGGAAAAUCACCAAACUCCUAAAUUCUAAUGCAAUAAUACAAUUAAUAUUAUGGGAUUUAAAACCCCCCAGCAACCCAAAAAUGACCCAACUAAACAACAAAACCAAUAUAUUUUAUUUCCCAAAACUGAUUUUAAGGUUGGCUAUAACAAUUUUUUUUAAACUAUGAAUUUGGAAUCUAGUUUUUAAAGUAAUUAUGCAAGAGAUUUUAUGAUUAAGCCACCACUGGCAAUGUAUGCAAAGUUUAAAUGAAUGACAGAAAUCUUGAUUUGAGACUGAUUGUGCUGUUUUGAGUACACUUUAUUUCAGAAAAUGGUAUUUAGUAUUUUCUAUAUAUACUGAAAUCAUGAACAUUCACUUUUACUAAGUCAAUUAUUUCAUAAGGUUUUUAUUAAUCGAUAUUGGUAAAUAGAACUUUGGAAAUCUUAAUUCAGUAUUCUUACUAUACCCAAGGCUUUUGUAAGCUAUAGUUUUAUGUACAACCUUGUACAGUUUUUUUUGACAUACAAUUCAGAAUCUUGUUUAUUCUCUUGGACUCUGUUCUGGCCGAUACAUUUUUUUUAAACCUUUAAGAAAAACUGUGAUUGUUUUAGUGGGUAUUUUUCUAAGUAAAUGAAAACUUGUAUAAUGGUAUUUUAGAGAGCGCCAGAUAAGUGCAUGUUCUGAGUUACUGUUUCCGGCAUCACUUGUAUGUUUAUACACAGCAUGGGACUUUAAUAAAACCAUCCUGGCAACUUAA